AUGGCCCUGACGCAGCGAACCUGGUCCCAAGCUUUGGUGGUGUCUUUGAUGGGAAUUUGGUUGGUUGAAGAAGGACCACACAGUGCCUUUGCCCCGUGCAGCAUGCAGAGGCUCCCUGGAGGAGGGAGAUGGGCCACGGAAGAGAGGAGUGUUCAGUUGCGUGCGAUGGACAACAUCUACAGCAUUUUCCAUCCCAAUUUGGAACGCGGUCUGUCAAAAGAAGAAAAAAGAGCAUGUAUGGAUAAGCUUCUGGAAAUGGCCUCGGCACAAGCGUCUGCUGAGGGCUAUGCCUUGGGCAAAGAAGUCCAAGACUUUCACCGACGAAAAGGUUGGAGCACCAAAGAAUUGAAAAAAUGGUUUGAGAAGCACCGGAACGGUUUGUGGUGUCAACUUGACAUUUCCGCAGCACCACAAACCGCAAGGUCACAACUCACAGUGAUCUCUGCAACAGUUUGGGGCUAUCGCAUGGAAGAGGUAGACUCCGAUGGGGAGGAGGUCCACCUUUGCUGCCAGUGUGGCCUUCCGGUUGGGGAGACCGCUUACAGACCCGAGGAGAAGGACGACAGCUGUCGGGAUGCACAGGAGAAGGACGAGAAGAACGCCGAGGAGCAGAGGCAGAAGAAGUUGGAGAACCGCCUCGAAUAUCAGAUUGGAUGGCGCCACGAGAGCGUGCCCAAGAACAGCAUCAUCGCUGCCAAGCUGGGCUGCGAACCAGUGCCACAGGGCCUUUGCAGCUUGGUUCUGGAUGAGGCGUCUCGCACGGUGCGGAUCGCCUCGACCUUGGAGCCUUCAGCGUCGGUGAAUUUGGAGUACCUCAUGCUCGCACUCAAGGUGCGACGCACCGCCUGCAGGGAGCCUUUGUUCUCAUUGGAUCCUGUUGAUCCUCAAAACUUGGAGAAGACUCCGCAAAUGAAACGUUACGAGCCCGCUUGGUUGGCCGGGACGAGUGUGGGCGACAUCAUGUUCCAGGCGGACUACUUUUUGAAAGAGUUGGCCCUGGGCGAGUACACCAUGCCUGUGGUGGGCAUGAUGAGCGUCUUCGAUUGGUCGGAGAUGAUGGACUCCACCUCCGCCUGGGCCGGGCGCGAGUGGUUCGUGGUGCGCAAGGCCGAGGUCCGCCUGUCCGAGGACAAGACCCUGAUUCCCUUUGUGAAGAUGGGCGUUGAGGCGAGAGAGCAGGUCGUGACCGGCAAAGGCUUGGAGGACAAGGCCAUCACUAGCAAGAAUCAUCCUCUUACCAGGUUCGCGGACGCCUUCUCGCGGCACUUCGACCUCAUCGCCGAGCGCAAGAGCGUGAUCUUCCACCUCCGGGAGCUCGCCAAGGCCUCCGUGAUGGCGAAGUACUUGGUGGAUGCCAAGAUCUCCGUGGACCCGCGAUGGUAUGACAUUGCGGAUGAGCUGGUGAGCUCGACUGUGCCAGAGGCUCAUCCGGAGAUUCCACAGCUCUGGAACAUGCGUGGCAACUCCCGGAUCCAGCUGCAAGGUGGCAAGCUGCGUGACAUGCAGACCGGGCUCAAUAACAACCUCCAUGCCAUCUACGGUGGUGUGCAGUUUGGCCUUGACCGCUUCCAGCUGGCACAGCGACCCUCUUUGCCCACCGCUGGCAUGGUGCCAGGUGGUGCGCUGCCAGGACCGUGGGAGGUUUGGGGCGGGAUCUUGAGACGGAGAUGUUCGGUGAAGGCGCUUCAUCGCGCCAUCAUCGCCGUCAUCGCGAAGUCGGAGUGGUUCAUGCCUCAACGCUUCCAGCUCACGCAGAAGGACCAGCCACAAGGUGUGGACCUGGCCUUGGACAAGUUCGAUCUCAGCCAACCGGAGCGUUUUGCCUCCAACAUGCCGCCCUGCAGUGCUCCCUUCGACUCGGUCGAGGGCCGCAUCACCCUGGGCAAGGCCUUCUUGAAGUCUUUGACCGAGGCGCGCGUUGGUGGUCAGGGCUCCUAUGAUUCCCUGGGAGCGGAGCACGUCACGCUGCUCAAGCAGGUCUUCAACCCCGUCCUCGCCGAUAGGAUUAGUGAGGGCACUGCUUUCGUGCCUCCUGACCCCAACUUGGACUACGUGCAGAAAUUGCGGAACUUGGUUCAGGAGGAAACCGCUCUGGGAAAGCAGAGGAAUGGCGGGCAACGAGUUCCCACGGAGUUGGACCUCACGGUUCCAGCUCUUCCGCGAAGGAUUUCUCCCAGCCGAGCCUUGAUUAGGCCGAAGUUCUCUUAG